AGGUCUCAGUUUCGAACGUUACGACGCGGUCGCGUCGUUCCGUUCAAUGUCAAAGCGACGUUUAUAUGUAAAUUAUGCAAAUCAUAAAUAUUAACCAGAAAAUAACAUAAUUUCAAUUCAAACAUGAAGUUUGCCGAACAUCUCUCGGCUCAUAUCACACCGGAAUGGAGAAAACAGUAUAUUAAUUAUGAAGAAAUGAAGUCUAUGUUAUACGCUGCAGUAGAACAGUCUCCGUCAGCCGAACUUGUUGAACCUGAAAUUUUGAGUAGAUACUUCGCCAAAUUUGACGAACAGUUCUUUUCUUUUAGUGAAAAAGAGCUUACCAAAAUAAAUACAUUUUAUUCAGAAAAGUUGGCUGAGGCUACCAGAAAAUACGCUAGUCUGAAAAGCGAAUUAAGCGAAACUCAAGAUGCGCAAUACGACAAAGCGAAUUCUGUUAGAAAAAAUUUACUCAGAAAAAAGAAUGUUCCAGCCAGAAAAAUACAAGAAAUAAAAUUAGCAUUCAGCGAAUUUUAUCUAAGUUUAAUAUUAAUGCAAAAUUAUCAGAACUUGAAUUUCACUGGUUUCAGGAAGAUCCUAAAGAAGCACGAUAAGUUGUUGAAUGUAGACUACGGGGCUAGAUGGAGAAUAGAACAUGUCGAAAACUCAUUUUUUUACCUAAACAAGGACAUUGAUAGAUUAAUUCAUGAAACAGAAACAGCAUUCACUCAAGAACUGGAAGGAGGCGAUCGUCAAAGAGCGAUGAAACGUUUGAGAGUUCCACCGCUAGGUGAACACCAGAGUCCGUGGACUACGUUCAAAGUAGGUCUUUUCUCGGGAGCGUUAAUUGUUCUAUUAUUAUCAGUGAUUCUAUCAGGUGUUUUUCAUUCAAGAGACGAUUGGAUUAUAGUAAUACGCCUCUACAGAGGACCUUUUCUGAUAAUAGAAUUCUUAUUUUUAUGGGGUAUCAACAUAUACGGUUGGAGAUCUUCUGGUGUGAAUCACGUCCUUAUUUUUGAAAUGGAUCCAAGGAAUCACUUAUCAGAACAGCAUAUCAUAGAAAUGGCAGCGAUUUUUGGAGUAAUAUGGUCGAUAUCCAUACUGACAUUUUUAUACAGCGCUCAACUUAGUAUACCACCCUACGUCAAUCCUUUAGCUUUGAUGGUAAUAAUGCUCGUUUUUAUAUUCAAUCCAACAAAAACGUUUAGACACGAGGCAAGAUUUUGGGCAUUACGGGUGAUGGGCAAAGUUUUCAUGGCUCCAUUUUGUUAUGUGUCUUUCGCCGAUUUUUGGGUAGCCGACCAGCUGAACAGUUUAACAACUCUAUUUACAGACAUGCAGUAUUUCAUAUGCUUCUAUGCAACAAACUCUAGUUGGUAUGUAGGGAAAGAUUCGAAUUAUUGUGUUGCAAACUUCCUGGGUGUCAGAGCAAUUGUAGCAUGCCUUCCACCUUGGUUUAGAUUUGCUCAAUGCCUCAGAAGAUAUAGAGACACUAAAGAGGCUUUUCCGCAUAUAGCUAAUGCCGUUAAAUACGCGACUUCAUUUGUUGUGGUUCUUUUUUCGACUUUAAAUAAAACAUUUGACGAUGAAUUUGUCUCUGGGGAGAAUCCCUUUUUCUAUUUAUGGAUCGGAUCAUCUUUGAUAAGUUCGUGUUACGCAUACACGUGGGAUAUAAAACUCGAUUGGGGACUUUUCGACUCCAAAGCUGCAGAUAACAAAUUCCUUCGAGAAGAAAUUGUAUAUUCCUCAACGUGGUUCUACUAUUUUGCUAUAGUGGAAGAUUUCAUUUUAAGAUUCGGAUGGGCAUUCUUAAUUUCAAUGACAGAGAUGGGAUACGCUUUGGAACAUUCAAUGGUUACAAUUUUAGCACCACUUGAAGUAUUUCGGCGGUUCAUGUGGAAUUACUUCCGAUUGGAAAAUGAACAUCUUAACAACUGCGGAAAGUUCAGAGCAGUAAGAGAUAUUUCCGUGGCUCCAUUGGACACUUCGGAUCAACAACUGAUUGUUAGAAUGAUGGACGAACCAGAUGGAGUUACGAAUAGAAGAAAAAAGAAAAAUGCACUAAAGAAAACAGUAGAGAAUAAGAAAAUUAUACUGGAAGGGGAAUCUACAGAUGAACUGGAUAAUUGAGAUUGUUUUCAAAUAUUUAUUAUAUUUUUUUUAUUUUUAUGAAAUACAUAUUGUUAAUACCAAUC